UGGAUCAAUCAAGUGACGUUCCUCCUUCGGCAUGUGCUUCUGUAGUCUCGAAGAGUAUCCUUACAGCUCCGUUCCAGGCGGGCAAGUUCAUGAUCGAUACGGGAUCCCCAGUCACAAUUGUUCCUGUGGAGAAUCAAACAAUGAAUAGUUCUUCCAUCGAUUCGGGACUUAGAGACGCAAGCGGAAACGUAAUUCGGACUUACGGAAAAUGUGCCAUCAGCGUUCCAAUUAAUGGAAAGUCUUUUGAAUUCGAAGCUUCGCGUUGUAAUGUCGUGAGACCGAUACUUGGCCGAGACUUCUUCAAAGGUCCAGGAAAAGAUUUCAUCAUUGACAUUGCUGAGAACAAGUUAUUAAAUCGCAAUCGAUCUUACCCUGGUUUUACUUUUGAAAAUGGCUCUUCAAACACUGUGUGUGCACUUUUAAAACCAGGUAUGAAUCCCUCCGCAAGUUCAUUCUGGUCAUCAUCCUCAAUUGACUCAACACGUAAAGAGGCGAUUCGAUUAAUCAAUUCCUCUUGUAACCUUCAGGGUCCAGACGAUGGAAACUCUCCAGCUCUGUUCGCUCCAAUCAGAAUAGAAACCGGAGAGAACGCUCCGGUGUUCUCAAGAAGCCGACCAUUAUCUGGCGAGAAGGCAAUUUUCGUCCAAAAAAAGUUGAAGGAGAUGGUCGAUGGAGGAAUUCUUGAAGAGGUGUCUGGACCAAUCGAGUGGGGCUCCCCGAUUCACGUGGCGCCGAAACGUGAUCCGGACGGAAAACUCACAGAUUUUCGUCUUUGCGGGGAUUUCCGUCGUCUGAACUCGAUUACCGCUUUGGAUAGAUAUCCACUUCCAUCGAUAAGUGACGUGAACGCGA